AUGCGAGGUCUUGGAUUCAGGGACAAUGCAUUGGCACCACACAGUCGCACUGCAAGCUAUACAGAGUCCGACGACCCACUUCCAAGACCUGCGCCAAGAGAAUUUGAAGGCCCUGCAUGGAAUACCAUUCAGCAGAAUCCGCAUCUGUUUCGAGUGCAAACACCUAUCAAUGCAGACCGUCUGGAAGCACUGCUCAACACUCACCCCAACCAAGCAUUUGUGAAAUCGGUAGUCCUUAGUUUGAAGGAGGGCUUUUGGCCUCGAGACGAGUUCCCAAUAACUUGGGACAACUCAUGGGCGCCUCUACCAUCUGAAAAGGAACGAAAUUUUGUUAACUCCCAAAGUGAGCUCGAAGCGGAGUUGGGGCGACACUCACAGCCAUUCGGACCUGACCUGCUCCCCGGAAUGUACUCAACGCCUGUCAUUGCUGUUCCGAAACCACACUCAGAGGAUUUACACCUCGUCGCACACCAAUCUGCUGGAGAAUUCUGCCAGAACAACAUGGUUGACAAG